GGUGUGUUUGUGUGUGGACGCUAGUAUGUGGGUGUGUGUGGACACGUUAUAAGUGUGUUUUGGAUUUCUCGAGGCUAUAUUUUUACUCUUGUCCGCCCACAGCACCAAACUGCCUCUUGCAGCUCCGAAACACAAACAGAACUGAGCCAGUUCUACUUGGAGCUUGUUUUAAUGUCUUAACCGCGGAGCUCCGGUCCGGUUCGGUACCGUUCGGCGGCGGCGGCUCUGGGCGGGUUUGAUGCUGCUGGACUCACGCUGAAGGAGCGUCUGUUUUUCAGUUGUGUGGGUCUGUCUGUUUACUGCAGUGUGGGGACACUUAUAAACUCCAGAAGAAACAGAAGAUGUUGACAAAAUGAUAGCAGCUCAAGACCUUCAGACAGAUUUCCUUCAGGAAGGAUACGCUCGGCUCUUGGACACCGAUCUUGAAGAUUUUGAGGGCCGGAAUGGCAAACUUGGGAAAGGGAAGAAGGGGAAGAAGACCCUUGGAGAGAAGUUGAAGGGGUCAGAGGUGAGAGGUCGGGUAAAUGGCCACCAUCAGGAGAAUGACAUGGAGAAUCUCAGCUUGUUUGAGAUUAUCAAAUUGGGCAAGAGUGCCACACAGUCAGUGGUUGAUGACUGGAUUGAGUCCUAUAAGACAGACAGAGACCCUGCCCUGCUGGAACUCAUCAACUUCUUUAUCCACUGCUCUGGCUGUAAAGGUGCGGUGAGCUCCGAGAUGUUUCGACACAUGCAGAAUUCUGAGAUCAUCAGGAAAAUGACCGAAGAGUUUGAUGAGGACAGUGGUGAUUAUCCACUGGCGAUGGCAGGUCCGGUGUGGAAGAAGUUUAAAUUAAGCUUGUGUGAGUUCAUCGCGGUCCUGGUCCGACAGUGCCAGUACAGCAUCAUCUAUGAUGAGUACAUGAUGGACACGGUCAUCUCUCUCCUCACCGGCCUCUCAGACUCACAGGUCAGAGCGUUCAGACACACCAGCACCCUGGCAGCCAUGAAACUGAUGACCGCUUUGGUGAAUGUUGCUCUGAAUUUGAGCAUCAAUUUGGACAACACACAAAGACAAUACGAGACAGAGCGCAACAAGAGCAUCGGGAAACGAGCCAAUGAACGCCUGGAGCUCCUUCUUCAAAAACGCAAGGAGCUUCAGGAAAACCAGGAUGAGAUUGAGAACAUGAUGAAUGCCAUUUUUAAAGGAGUAUUUAUCCACAGAUACAGGGAUGUGAUUGCUGAGAUCAGGGUUGUCUGCAUUGAAGAGAUUGGUAUGUGGAUGAAGAUGUACAGUGAUGCUUUUCUUAAUGACAGUUACCUGAAGUACGUGGGCUGGACCAUGUAUGAUAAGCAAGGUGAAGUUCGUCUGAAGUGUCUUACAGCUCUUCAGGGUUUGUAUUAUAGCAGAGAACUCAACGCCCGACUGGAACUCUUCACCAGCCGCUUCAAGGAUCGAAUUGUGUCCAUGACUCUGGAUAAGGAAUAUGAUGUUGCUGUUCAGGCAAUUAAGCUGCUGACACUGGCUCUGCAGAGUAAUGAUGAAGUUUUGACAGCUGAAGACUGUGAGAGCGUCUAUCACUUGGUUUACUCUGCCCACCGACCAGUUGCCGUGGCAGCAGGGGAGUUUCUCUACAAAAAGUUAUUCAGUCAUCAUGGUCCAGAGGAUGAGGGGCGGCCCAGGAGAGGCAGACAGUGUUUGAAUGCUAACCUCAUCAGAACAACUGUCUUGUUCUUUCUGGAGAGUGAGCUGCAUGAGCACGGCGCCUACCUGGUGGACAGCUUGUGGGAUUGUGCGUCAGAGCUGCUGAAGGACUGGGAGAGUAUGAUCAGCCUGCUGCUGGAUGAACCUUACCCUGGAGAGGAGGCCCUCACUGACGCUCAGGAAGCUGCUCUGAUUGAGAUCAUGCUCUGUGCUGUCAGACAGACUUGUGAGUGUCACCCACCUAUCGGACGAGGUCCUGGCAAAAGGGUUCUAACUGCUAAAGAGAAGAAAACCCAGCUGGAUGAUCGAACAAAGAUCACAGAAACGUUUGCUGUGGCUCUGCCUCUGUUACUCGCUAAAUAUUCAGUGGACCCAGAGAAGGUCACUAAUCUGUUGCAGUUUCCUCAGUAUUUUGAUCUGGAGAUCUAUACAACCGGUCGGCUGGAGAAGCAUCUGGAUGCUUUGCUGCGUCAAGUCCGUGAUGUGGUGGAGAAGCACACAGAAAAAGAUGUAUUAGAGGCAUGUUCCAUGACAUUCCAUGCACUGUGCAAUGAGGAUUUCACCAUCUAUAACCGCGUAGAUAUUGUCCGCAGCCAGAUACUUGACGAACAGGUCGAUAAGUUCCACCGUCUACUGGAGGACAUCCUGCAGGAGGGAGAGGAGCCUGAUGAAGAUGAUGCCUAUCAAGUUUUGUCAACACUCAAAAGAAUCACAGCCUUCCACAAUGCCCAUGACCUCACUAAAUGGGACCUUUUUACCAGCAACUACAAACUUCUGAACUCUGGCCUACAAAACGGGGAUAUGCCUGAGCAGAUCGUGGCUCAUGCACUCCAGUGCACUCACUAUGUCAUACUCUGGCACUUAGCUAAGGUUUCGGAGGGCAGUGCCAGUAAGGAUGACAUGGUGCUGCUGCGGAGGCAGGUGAGAGCCUUCUGUAUGAUGUGUCAAAGGUACCUGAAUAGUAUCAGCACUGUUGUCAAAGAACAGGCCUUCACCAUUCUCUGUGAUGCACUUCUGAUCUUUAGUUAUCAGAUUGUGGCGUCAGGGCGGGAAGCUUUAGAGCCCUUGGUGUUCAGUCCAGAUGCAUCCUUACAGAGCGAACUACUCAACUUCAUACUAGAUCAUGUGUUUGUUGACCAGGAUGAGGACAGCAGCACAGAUGAUGAGGCUAAUAAGAUUGAGGCGCUCCACAGACGCAGGAAUUUAUUGGCUGCCUUCUGCAAACUGGUCAUCUACAACGUGGUGGACAUGAAGACAGGAGCAGAUAUCUUCAAGCAGUACAUGAGAUACUAUAAUGAUUACGGUGAUAUCAUUAAGGAGACCAUGAGUAAAGCACGUCAGAUCGACAAGAUUCAGUGUGCCAAGACUCUGAUCCUCAGCUUGCAGCAGCUGUUUAAUGAGAUGCUGAGUGAUCUGGGAUGUAACUUUGAUCGGUCCACAUCUGCAUUCUGUGGGAUUAAAGAACUGGCCCGACGCUUCUCGCUCACGUUUGGACUUGAUCAAGUCAAAACCAGAGAGGCGAUUGCAAUGCUCCACAAGGAUGGAAUAGAAUUUGCCUUUAAAGAACCCAGUCCACAGGGGGAGGGUGGCCCACCUCUCAACCUUGCAUUCCUUGACAUCCUCAGUGAGUUUUCCUCCAAACUACUGAGGCAAGACAAGAAGACUGUGCACCUGUAUCUAGAGCGGUUUAUGACCUUUCAGAUGGCCCUGCAGAGGGACGACUGCUGGUUACCGCUCAUCUCCUACCGGAACUCUCUGCAGGUGGGUGCUGAUGAUGACACUCUGUCCGUCAUCAGCGGUAUGAGCAGCAGGAGCUCUGCCCGCAGUCGGAGAAGCAAACAACCUGCCGCCAGCAAGAGAAAACUGCCCGAGGAGGAGAGUAGCUGUAGCAGUAGUGAUGUGAGCAUGUGGGUAAAUCGUGAGCAGAGUGGCCCGCACACUCCUGUAAUGAUGUCAUCCCCCCACAUUGUCUCUACUGUCCUGCGAGACACAAAGAAGCUCUGCCCUGAGCAGGGGUACAUGGGAGUUUACAGCAUGAGUAACGAAACGCAACACACACCCCUGCAGCAGCCGCACCAACACAUGGACUACAAUUCUCAGGUCGCGUGGAUGAUGGCCCAAAAACAGCAGCAGGAAAGAGCAAGCUUGCAGUAUGGCAAGAUGAGAGGCCACAUUCAGCACACCAUUCGUCGUGGCAGCGGGCUGAUGGAGGAUGAUGAGGAACCGAUUGUAGAGGAUGUGAUGAUGUCAUCAGAGGAACGACUGGACGACCUUAACGAGGGCAUGGACUUCGAAACCAUGGACAUUGAUCUGCCACCAUCCAAAAACCGCAGGGAAAGAUCAGAGCUGAAACCAGACUACUUUGACCCUGCCUCCAUCAUGGAUGACUCGGUCCUUAAUGUGUCAAUGUUCUGAGAGGGGUACACGAGAGCGGUGACAUGUUUCUCCUCUUCUGAUUUCACUCCAUGGACUAAAUGCACAGGAUGGUGCUGCAUAUCUUUUCCUUCUGAAAACACACCACAACUUUGUAUCUGUACAUAUAACAGCCCACAGGGCGACAGACAAACAGUUACAGCAUGAGAUCAGACUUAUCGAUUCAUGGUCUUUUGUAAUGGAGGUUUAAAAAUAGCUCUUUUUUUUGUAAAACCUGGAGGAGUUUUGAUUUUUAGAUAAUUUUGUAAAGACAAUCAGUUGUAAAUGACUUUAUAAAGGGUGAUUUAAAUCAAAAAUUUAUAACUCAGCUUUCCUUAAAGGAUUUAGACUUGCAGUGUCUGAUUUUUUCACUUUUUUUUUUAAUCCAUCACUCACAAAGUUUUCGCUUCCCAGAAGUAGGUUCAGCCUUAUACUGUGACGAUAUUCCUCACUACUGAUUGGCUGAUUGAGAGGUUUUAGUUUUUUAUUGGUCCUCUAAGAGCUCAAAGCACUUGUAUUGAUUGGCUUAAACUUAGAAAGCCUGACCCUCUUACAGAGUUUAAUUCAUUUCUGGUUCAACUAUCAAAAUUUCAAAGGUAUUUCUGCAUUAAGGGCAUUGCCCCCAUUUUCAAAGAAAAGCUCUUUUUGUAGAAUAUAUCUUAUUUCUUUUUAAAUAUUAGAAAUAGGUAUUAUAUUGAUAUAUAUCUUUAAAAAAUGUAUAUCUUAUAUAUAAAUACACAUUAUUUUGUUCUACACAAAAUGUAUAAUGUAAUGUGAAUCAUUGCUGAUUUAUAUUUAACUUUGUUUUUAUGUUUGGUAUCCAACCUACUGUUUCAUUCACACUGCAUCUGUCCAGAGAGAAUCACUGAUGUUUUAUUAACUUUCAUUUUGGUAAAGCUCCACUGUGAAAAAUUCUCUAAUCUUUCCCCUUUGUGUUGUUCAUUGAGCUUUGGAUUCAGGUUGUGGGUUGUUUUUGAGGUUAGGUUAGGUUGAAAUCAUGACUGGCUUGUUAAUCAGAGUGAAUUAUGAUGAUUGUCUUUGUGGUGAGAAAUCUUGAUAAAUGUAACCAUGGUGAUUUUAUGCCCGGUAAAUGCAUUUCUGCAUGGAGCUUUGGUUCACGAUUGGAAAGGAAGUAACUUUUUUUGUGUUUUACACAUAGCAGGUAAUUUUUUCCCAUUUUGAUUUUAAUUUACGGUCCUGCAAUGUCACCUUAUUUCCAAAAGUGUGUGAGUUUAUGUAUUUUAAUGUAUUGGACUGUACAUAAAAACCAAGAUGUUUUUAUUCUA